UGUGUGUGUGUGUGUGUGUGGAGCUGGGAGAGAUUUGGGAGGUUUAGGGGCUCGAUGCCAUGGCUCCCUUGAAGCUCUGCCGAAGGAGAUAUUGAUGCCAGUCACGGAGGGACCCUUCUUCCUUUCUGCACGCUUGAUAUUUUCUUCCCUUCUUCUUCUUCUCUCUCUCUCCCUCCCUCUCUCUCCUCCUCCCUCCUCCCUUCUCCUUUCCCCUUUUGGCGGAGCAGGCAAAGUGAUUAAUUUGGCGAGCCGGGACCGGGCUUCCUGGAGCAGCGCUCGCCUCCAGAGCAAAAACGGAGCCGGACUCCCUGGCAAAACUCCUGCUGCAUCUUCCCGGAGAGGUCCACACGCCCCCCACCCCACCCCAGGGGCUGCCCAGGGAGCAAGGCUUCGCUCUCCAGGAGUGUUUUAAACAGAACAAGAGGAGAACUGCAAGGCACUUUUCAAUCUGUUUGGACUCCCUGUUUACAGAAGAGAGAUGGAGAUGCCAUCAAUCACAAAAGGGGCCGCUGUGUGCCUGCUUCUCUUUGUAUUAAGUUUGGCAGCGGCCAUUGAAAUCCCUCUUUCUGUACGGCAACUCCCGACGAUUACAGAGCACCCAACCGAUCAAGUUGCAUUUCCUUUCGAUGAAGAGUUUACAAUCAAGUGCGAAGCUAUAGGGAACCCACAUCCAAGUUUUACUUGGAAAAAGGAUGGGAAAGUAUUUGAUCUGCAAGGUGACCCAAGGAUACUUACAUCAAACAAUUCUGGAACAUUUGUUGUUCGGAACCGUGGAAACAUCUCCAUUUUCCAAGGAAGGUAUCGCUGCUUGGCUUCCAAUGAGCUAGGAACUGCCAUGUCAGACGAGAUUGAACUAGUAGUUCCAGGUAUUCCUAAAUUCCCCAAGGAGAAGAUUGACCCGAUAGAUGUAGAAUACGGAGAUGCAAUGGUCUUGCACUGCAACCCUCCCAAGGGAAUCCCACCACUGCACAUUUAUUGGAUGAACAUUGACUUGCAACACAUCCCACAAGAUGAAAGGGUCUCCAUGAGCCUUAAGGGAGAUCUUUUCUUUGCAAAUGUGGAUGAAAAUGACAGCCGGAGUGAUUAUUGCUGCUUUGCUGCAUUUCCGAGGCUGAGGACUAUUGUGCAGAAAAUGCCAAUGACUCUGACAGUUACACGUUCAAAUUUAAUCAAGGAAAGAAAACCUAAACUUGUUAUCCCUGAGUCUUCUGGCCACAGUUCAGAAGUGACUGUCAUAAAAGGAUCUGACCUUUUCCUGGAAUGCAUUGCUGAAGGACUUCCAACACCACAUCUAACCUGGAGAAGGGUUGACAGAGGCAGGGAUGACAGAGGAGUCAGAGAGAAUUUUGGAAAGAUAUUGAAGAUAGAACAAGUCACUACAGAUGACGGAGGGGUCUAUGAAUGCGUUGCCAAGAAUGUUUUGGGCGAAACGAAACAUCAGUUCACAGUGGACAUUGAAGAACCACCCAUAUGGGUAACGAAACCCAAAAGUGGAGUUUACGGUGUCGGCGAAAGUUUUGUGCUGUUGUGCCAAGCCAUUGGCUAUCCUGAGCCAACUAUAAAGUGGAAAGUGAAUGGCAGGUCUCUUGAUGAGGCAGAAAUAAAAUCCAACAGGGCUGUUUUUUCAACAAGGGAGAUCAGUGUCACCGACCUAGAGCUGGAAGACAGUGCCGUGUACCAGUGUGAGGCUACGAACAAGCAUGGCACCAUCCUCGCCACAGCAAACAUUGAUGUGCUUAACAUUCCUCCAGAAAUGUUAACUCCAGAUGGUGAAGAAUAUGUUGCGGUUGUGGGUUACCCAAGCCACCUGUACUGUCAGUUUUUUGCUGUCCCAUCUCCUGAUGUUACUUGGACUAAAGAUUACGGCAUGCAGCACCUUGAUCCUGAUCAGAAUGGAACCCUGGAAAUCAGAGUAACAAGAAAGGAAGAUGCUGGGUCCUAUACUUGCUGGGUGAAAAAUUCUGCUGGGAGACGUGCUAUCACUGCUACCCUUACUGUCAGAAAUGCUACCAAAAUAUCUGUUCUGCCGAAGAACCCACAGAUUUUGAAAUCACACCCAGUUGCAUUGAAAUGCCACGCUGAGUUUGACUCCCAUUUGAAACACCACUUUCAAAUCUCUUGGAGAAAGGACGGAGAGGAGCUUGUAAAGAAUGACACAGAGGAUGGGAGAAUAAUUAUGGAGAUGGACACCUUGAUUAUAUCAAAUGUGGAAUUAGAAGAUCAGGGUGUGUACACCUGUGUAGGCCGCACAUCUCUUGACAGUGCCACAGAUGAUUCCCGCAUAACUGUCCUUUAUGUCCCUGACCCACCAGAAGACCUCCACCUCUCCGAAAAACAGAGCAGAAGUGUGAGGCUAGCAUGGAAUGCUGGGAGCAGUAACAACAGCCCAAUUAAUGAAUCUAUUGUGGAAUUUGAAGAGAACCGAUGGGAGCCCAGAAAGUGGCAGGAAUUAAUCAGGCUCCCAGGGAAUGACAGUACAGUUGUCUUACCACUGUCCCCUUAUGUAAAUUACCAGUUCCGUGUUAUAUCUGUCAAUGCCGUUGGGAGAAGCCAGCCUAGUGAACCGUCAGAACGAUAUGAAACACCACCAGCUGCUCCAGACAAGAACCCAGAAAACAUCCGAAUUGAAUCUUCUGAACCACAUGAAAUGAACAUGACAUGGGAGCCACUAAAGCCCAUGGAGCAGAAUGGACCAGGGCUGGAGUACAAAGUGAACUGGAAACAACAGGAUAAUGUUGAAUGGGAUGAAGAAACAGUGAAAAAACAUUUCUUGGUAUUGAAGAACACCCCCACCUUUGUACCUUAUGAUAUCAAAGUUCAGGCAGUGAAUAGCUUUGGGUCUGGCCCUGAGCCCAAUAUAAUAACUGGCUAUUCAAGCGAAGACAUUCCGGAAGCGGCUCCUUCCAAUGUGAUUGUACACGCUAUCAACAGUACUCUCGCUAAAGCCAUCUGGUCUACCAUUCCAAAGGACAGAGUUCGUGGCCACCUCCGGGGCUACAAGGUCAGCUGGUGGAAAACACGAAGCCGUUUAGAUGGAAAAAGCCAUCGCCAGGAGAAACGUUUUUUGACAUUUAACGCAGACCGAAACGAUGGAAUGAUACCUGGCCUGGAGCCUUUCAGUGAAUACCUCUUAACUGUUUUGGCUUUUAAUUCCAAAGGAGCUGGACCAGAAAGCAACACGUACAAAUUCCAGACCCCCGAGGGAGUACCAGAAAAGCCACACUUCCUAAAGAUACUAAAUUUAGAUAAAGACUCCGUAACACUAUCAUGGGGACCACCGAAGAAACCAAAUGGCAUUGUCACUGGAUAUAUUUUGCAGUACCAGAUAAUUAAUGAAACUGAUGACAUUGGGCCCUUGCAUGAAAUCAAUAUUACCAACCCAUCAUCAUUCAACUUCAGGCUCUCCAAUCUGAGCAUCAGUACAAAGUACAAGUUCUAUGCAAGAGCCUGUACUGUACAAGGCUGUGGGAAACCAAUCACAGAGGAAGCAGUAACAGUAAGCGAAGGCAGUAAAGCUGCCGGGAAGAUUUCUGAAGCAGUAAAUCCCACCCCAAAGACUCAGCCUCUUGAGGCACUUGAGCCUGGAACUGCACACACAGUUCGACUAGUAACUAAGAAUUGGGUUGAUAAUAAUAGCAUUUCUGCAGAUGUAAUAGACGCAAGGGGGAGAGCAUCCAUUGGAAUUUAUGAAAGAAUCUCUACGCAAGGCUGGUUUAUUGGACUGAUGGGUGCCAUUGCUCUUCUGACUUUAUUGUUGCUCACAGUCUGCUUUGUUAAAAGGAACAAAGGAGGGAAAUACUCAGUGAAAGAAAAAGAAGAUUUGCAUCCAGAUCCUGAAGGCCAAUCCAUAAAAGAUGAAAUCUUUGGUGAAUAUAGUGACAGCGAUGAAAAGCCACUCAAAGGGAGCCUGAGGUCUCUUAACAUGGACAUCAAAACUGCAGAAAGCGCUGACAGUUUGGUGGAUUAUGGAGACGGGGACCACAGAAUGUUCAACGAAGAUGGCUCGUUUAUUGGAGCUUACACGGGCUGCAAGGAAAAAGCAUCGGUUGAAAGCAUUGGCAGUUCUACAGCAACCUUCCCUCUCCAUGCAUAAGAUGUUACCAUGAAUAAUUCAUUUCAGAUCACCAUAUUUAUCGUUUAAUAGCCAUCAAAUAUCAUACAGGUCAGAUGUAGGCUGCAGGAAAGUUCAAGACCUUGACAUCCGGCCUAUGUAGAAAUAGGCGGUUGACUUCGAAAACUGGUUUUUGGGACUCUUCUUCCUCAAGGCACAGUCGUUUUCAGUUAGUUAAAAUGUGACUCAGACCUACAGUUUGGUAAGAUAUAUGCCACUCAGUCUGACCAAAACCAUGGCUACUUCAGUGUUAUAUAUGUAUAUAGGGAUCUGGUGCCCUCCAUGUUUCUUACGACCAGUCCUUUAGAUAUGUGUGGCUGCAACGGCACUCAAGCAGCUUACACUAAAAUGUUUACUAUGGUGUCUUUGGUUUCGAUGGUGGGUCUUAGGAGUCCUCCUGCACUGCCUCUCAGAUGCAAUCACAUUUUAAAAAGUGACUACCAAUUACUGGAUGCUUAGGACUGUGCUGGUAUGACUCACCCUGGGUUGGCCAAUGUCAGAUAGGAUGCUAUCUGACCAAAUCAUUGCCAGCCCUGCCUCUGCCAAAGCCACCUGGUGCUCAGUUCUCUGCUGCACGGCAACACUAUGCUAGGCCAUGCCAGUGUGUUGCAUCUGCCAAUGGUGUGCAUAUUG